AUGGCUCCACCAACCUUUGCUGAUCUCGGCAAAUCUGCAAAAGAUCUCUUCACCAAGGGAUACAACCACGGAUUCUUGAAAGUUGAAUCAACAACCAAUGCUGGUGACAACAAGGAAGUCGAAUUCAAGACUAAUGCCGCGCACAACAUUGCCAACGGAAAACUUGCUGGAAAUUUGGAUGUGAAGUACAAGCUUCCAAAAUACGGGCUCACCCUCACCGAGAAGUGGAACACCGACAACCAAUUGGGAACCGUCGUUGAAGUUGAUGAACAAUUCGGACGAGGCCUCAAGCUCACAUUUGACUCAACUUAUGCUCCACAUGCUGGCAAGCGAUCGGGAAAACUGAAGGCUGACUGGUCGCAUCCCACAGCCCGAGUUACUGCUGAUGUUGGACUAACUGCUGCUCCUGUGGUCAAUGCUGCUGCUGUAUUCGCUCGUGAAGGAUGGCUAUUUGGUGCUUCGGCAACAUUUGAUACCGCCACAAACAAACUCGCUGGAUCUCAACUUGCUUUUGGACACACCACUCCAGACUAUACUCUUCACUCAUUUGUCUUGAACUCGAACGAGUUUGGUGCAACUCUCUUCCACAAGGUCGGCCGUAGCGUGGAGCUUGGAGCUCAGCUUGGAUGGAAAACUGGAUCAAAUGGUGCUAGCUAUGGGCUUGCUACAAAAUACGCCCCAUGCAAGGACGUGACUUUCCGAGCAAAAGUCAACAAUGAAUCUCAGGUUGCCGUCGCUGCCACUCACUCGCUCUCUGAUGCUCUCAAGCUUACUUUGACUUCUCAGUUCAACUUGGCUAACAAUGAGGCGCACAAGUUCGGUCUUGGUUUGGAAUUCACCCCA